AUGCCGACCUUCCUCCCUCUGCAGAAUGUCAGGCCGGCAGGCGACCUGCUGCCUCCUUCCCGCCGGCUCCAACAACUUGCGGCGGGAGGCAAGCCCGUCCACGGCACAGAUUUGCGGACUACAAAGUUUUACAGGACCCAACUCUGUCCAUUUAUGGGGGGGGGGCGCCCUGGACGCUGCUCCCAGGGCCUUGAUUGCGGCUACGCCCACUGCGAACCGAGCUCUGCUCUACUUAGCGCGUGCUGCCCGUCGCCGAGCUCCCCACACAAGCCGCGACCCUUGGCUUCGUUGCGAGCGCGUCCUGAUAGCCCCUUGUCUUUGCGUGUCUUUCAUGCCGUUGGUGCUUCUGGCUCCUCAGGCAGAGCUCAGAAAGCCGCCCACGCUGGAAAGGACCAAGUGGUGCCCCUUGCUCGUACAGGGCGGCACUUGACAAGUGCAGGUACGCGCAGACCGCAGACUGCCGGCAGGGAGUGCUGCGUGCGCCACCGCAGGCACACCGAGCCCAAUUCAGCAGCUGCAGCUGCCCUCCCUGCGACCCCUGGCGCGGCAAAAACGCACAACCCACGAAAGAAAAACAACCGCCCCUGUGCGUCUUCCCAUGCGCCUCCCUUCAGAUUCGCUCACGGCGUCGAGGAACUGCGCCCGAGGCCAGCACUUUCCCCGCGAGGUGACGAGACUUGCGUGGUAUUUCGAGGCUUACCGGCGGUUCCGGCGGCAGUCACACGAGCAGCGGUCGGCGUGAGACUCCAUUCAGCAUCCGCCUCACCAGAAACGCCGGUAACAGCGGACGCCCAAGGACAGACUUUGCGGAGGGCGGGCGAGAAGAAACUCGAGCCAACAAAAUUUGGUGCCGCGAAAAAGCAGGCUGGCGGGGAAGCACGUGCCACAGCAAGAAGGGCAGCCUCGCCAGAAGCAGCAAACACAGCGGGGAAGACACCCGGUAUCCUGCCAACAGCAGGCAUGGAAUCGAUGCCUCCAGAAAUCAGAGUACUUCCAGAUGGGAGUCGGCUGAGCACGCUCGUCCUUAGCCCGGAGCAGCACUACUACCAGCCGAAGAGCCGCGCUAGAGCAGCCGCUGAGACCACUGGCGUAACCUCGCUCCUGACGACUCCAGAGAAAUCUCUGCCGAGCAACAGCAGCACAAACAACUACAGCAGAGGCAGCAGGUGCAGCAGCAGUUUCCUCUCCCUCCGCGUCUCCCCCUCCUCCUGCAUGGGCCGCUCGGUUCCGGCGUGGACGUCCUCGUGUGAAGCGACAGCAGAUGUGGCCCCUCCAGAGAGUCACACGAGGCAGCAGAUCGAAAUGUUUGCAGCUAGGCAGCAGCACCUGCCGCAGAUUCCAGAAGUCGGAGGGCUGCAGAGGCAGCAGGAGCUGCAGCUGGCCUUGCAGGAGCAGCUGCUGCGGCAGCUGCAGAUGCAGCUGAUGCCCAACCAGGCGGAAGCACGCGUAGGGCGCCUGAAGGGCCAGCCCGUCGUCGAGCAGCGCACGCAGCACAAAGAGCACGAGGAGCAGCAGCGGCGCGUCACCCAGCACCAGGCGAACGAACUCGCCUUCAUGCUGCUGAGGCAGCACCAACAGAAGUGUCACCCCCCCCACAAGCCGCGUCUGCAGUCGUCUGCGCAUCCGCCAACAGAGAGCACUGCGAAGGCAGGAGGAGGCGACUUCGCCAGAGAAUUUCUGACGGCGAGCCGAGCCUGCCCGUCUCUGCAGCACCGCCUGCAGCAACCUGCGCGUCGCGACAGCUGGAAUCCAUGCGCUCAAAGUUCUCCGAAUCCCCUCCUGGUCGCCGCCUCGCCGACCCCUCAUGGCUUCCUUCCCAACGCUGCAGCCAGCCGUAUGUACACCUCGCGGGAUUUCGAGGGCCUCCGCUCGGCAAGCACUUGCAGACCACCCUCGGGGGCAAACCCUCCAGCCUUCCUGUGCGCUUCUAGCCAGCCUCUCGCACACGGCUGCAACAACCACCGUCUGGCGCAGGCUGGAGGCUUGGGUCUGGCUUGCUUAGCUGCAAAUCUGCGCGGAGUUUCCCAGGCAGCGGCACAGUAA